CUCCCCCAGGAAGCCAGGAGCGCGCCGCGCCGCGCCCCGCCGAGCGCCCGUUGCCCUGCGGCUCGGGCAGUGGUCCCGAACGCUCCUAGCCCCGCGCCAUGCGGCUCCUCGGCUGGUGGCAGGUCCUGCUGUGGGUGCUGGGGUCUCCCGCCCGCGGCCUGGAGGUUGCUGAGGAAGGCAGUCACUUGCAGUCGGAGGAGCAGCCUGCUCAUGCUCUGCUGGCCGGAGUCGUGUCCACAAGUGAGGAAGAGCACCCACGUGGCCCUGGGGGCCAGGACAGGUCAGCAGGAGAGGCAGGCACGGUCCUGGGGCUUGACGCGGAUGGCGACCAUGUGCUGAUGCUGUCCGUGAUCCCCGGGGAGACGGACGACAAGCUGAGUUCCGAGCCCAGUGGCGGCACCUGUGGGGCCCAAGGGGAGGAGGACUCGCGGUGCAGCCUCCGAGAGCACCUCUUCUCUCUGGACGGCACGGGGGCCAGCUUCCAGGACAGAGAGGAGGAGUAUUACUCAGAGCCCGAGGUGGGCGAAUCGGACCCGGCCCCACACGAGGACUCCAAUAACACGGAAAGUCUGAAAUCUCCCAAGGUGAACUGCGAGGAGAGAAAUGUGACCGGCUUAGAAAACUUUACUCUCAAAGUUUUAAAUAUGUCACAGGACCUUAUGGAUUUUCUGAAUCCAAAUGGUAGUGACUGCACGCUGGUCCUGUUUUACACCCCAUGGUGCCGAUUUUCUGCCAGUUUGGCCCCUCAUUUUAAUUCUCUGCCCCGGGCAUUUCCAGCUCUUCAUUUUUUGGCACUCGAUGCUUCUCAGCACAGCAGCCUUUCUACCAGGUUUGGAACCGUAGCUGUUCCCAACAUCUUGUUAUUUCAAGGAGCUAAACCAAUGGCUAGAUUUAAUCAUACGGACCGAACAUUGGAAACACUGAAAGUCUUCAUUUUUAACCAGACGGGCAUAGAAGCCAAGAAAAAUGUGGUGGUAACGCAAGCUGAUCAAAUAGGCCCUCUUCCCAGCACUCUGAUCAAAAGUGUGGACUGGCUGCUUGUAUUUUCCCUGUUCUUUUUAAUUAGCUUUAUUAUGUAUGCUACCAUUCGAACUGAGAGCAUUCGGUGGCUAAUUCCAGGACAAGAGCAGGAACACGUGGAAUAGUGACGGGCUGAAAGAAGUUGGAACGAGGAAUUUCAGAAAUCAGUGCUGCCUUUUCUUACAUCUUCUCCAGUGAAGUGUAGAUUUACAACUUCAGUUAGAUUAAAAGAAUCAUGCAUUUGUUGAACUGUUAAAUGUGUUAAAAAUUAUAAAUUGGUGUUUUAAUUAGUACUGCAAUAAGCAAAUGCAAAAAUAUUCAGUGGCGCUCACCAUUCUUGUUUUGACUAAUCCAAUGUUUUAAGGGAGUAAUCCAGUUUCAAAUGUGGAGCUGUAUUCAGGUGGAAUAGUGGAUAGUGACAGUUUGCUUCAUAGAAGGAAGAAAUAGGAGUUUCACAUUAUAGUUUUAGGAAACUCUUGAUUCCUUAUAUAUGUGUAAGAAGAUUGGUUUCUGUUCAUUUGCAGUUUUUCUCUCCGUGCAGGAGAGUGUUCUGUUGCAGAAGAAUAACUAGAAUUGGUAAGUGUGACCUUCUUGAGUAACUGAUGGGAAAAUAAAAGAGUCAAGUACUUUGGUGUU